AUGACGGCGACCACUGAAGUUGCAUGCAGCUCGAGUAAAGUGGCAGACCUCACAACCUCCGGUAGCGGAUGCGACUCAGCGCAACUUCUGCCUUCCAAUGAAGCUACAGCCGCGUCAGCAGAAAUCGACAAGAGUUUGGACCCUCUGCUAGGUCUUGGAAUGGCCGACGACCACAACGCGAAGAGCAACGACAAGACAGAGGCCGCACAGCAAGAUUCUGGUAGCAUAGAGCCUCCUGCAAGCGUAGUGAAGUUCAAUAGAGAGUCUAUUGGCGGUAACGACCCGCUUCAAGCCAAACAGAUCUCUAGCAGCGGGAAGGCUCGCACGCAUGGGGAUGCAAUGCGAGACUCGGUCGUGCAUGAAGAACUUACAGUCAGCGCGCCCGUUAUUACCAACAUAUCCGAGAAUAUGAAUCUCCGCAUGCCAUCCAGUCGAGACGAAUUGGAGCACGAGCCGGUGCUUAAUAGAUUUGCCGGGGCGACCGACACAGGAGACGCGAAGGACGAGGCGCAGACUUGUCGUGAGGAAGCAUUCCAAUGUCGCCGACAUGUACCGGCAGCCGAGGUCAUGACAGACCAGUCCGGUAGGAGCGGCGCGGAGGCGGAGGAGAUUGAGAGACAUCGUCACAACCACGAAAGUGCGGCUGAAGUGGUCGAGCCUGAUCUACCCUCAGAGCAGGACAUCAUGGAGGCGUUCGUGAACGAAGACAUAGAGAGUACGGGCAUACCUGCCCAGCCGAGCACUGAGGAUGUGACGUCUUCAGCGGAGACCCUUGAGAAAGAGGAUAUUUUGAGACUAAUAAACAGGACGGUGCUCGCCGAUUAUUUCUUCUCGUUCACGGCACUAGUCGUCAGUGUCUUUCUGGCGCAGGCUGAUCCUGUCCUGUCAAUCGCCUUCGUGGCAGGAGUUGCAGGCUGGCUCUGGACCUUGCCGCGAGAGGACCUAAUAAUGGAAUUGGGGUUGGAGGCAGCACUGACUGUCACGGGCCUUACGCAAGGUGUAUGGGUGGCGGCCUGUGUGGCUGCGAUGGCAAUGUUACGGGUUAUACAUCGGUUUGCAAAGGAGGCAGUCCAAUACGUACAUUCAUGGCGAAGCUCCGACGGAUACAUCUCAGGGGGAAAUGGUGAUUGUAUUCAAGCCUUCACAUGGCCGUAUGGUAAGUACAUGAAUGAAGUGAAUAUAAUGGACUGA